UCACGGGCGCUCCCUUGACCUCCUUCUAGUGAAAAUCGUGUUUACUGCCUGCAUCCGCGCCGCCGACCAUACCCCCCUCCGCUACCCUUCCUACAGGUAUUCGCAUCCGACACAAACCACGCACUUGAAGGGAGGAACACAGUCUUGAAAUGCCGAAGUCAAAACGCCAGAAACUCGUUUCCCUCACAAAAGUCUCAAAGAAGACACGGGAGCAGAAGAAUGCUCUCUUGAAAGAGGUACAAGAAAAUGCGGAUAAGUGGGAGUACUGCUGGUUAUUCGAGGUGGGGAACAUGCGUAAUGCGCACUUGAAGACAGUGCGGAAACUAUGGAAAGACUCGGCACGAAUAUUCUUUGGCCGAGGGGCAGUCAUGGCGAAGGCAUUAGGCAUGACGCCAGCAGAGGAGCAUCGCCUGGGUCUCCACAAACUCGCAAAACAAAUAAAAGGCCAAGUCGGGCUCUUCUUCACCUCCUCCCCGCCCUCCGAAGUGCUCGAGUGGUUCGCCGACUUUCAACAGCCCGACUUCGCGCGCGCAGGGAACCCCGCCUCCGCGACGUUCACGCUGCCCGUGGGGCCUGUCAUGCAGCAGCACUCCACGCCGCCCGAGCCCUUCCCGCACAACGAGGAGCAGCAGCUCCGCAAGCUCGGCUUGCGCACGCGCAUGGUGCGCGGCCUCCCCACGCUCGACGCGCCCCAUACCGUCUGCGAGAAGGGGAGGGCGCUUACGCCGGAGCAGGCGCAGCUCCUCAAGCUCGUGGGUGUGAAGAUGGUGAAGUUCCGGGUGGGCCUGACGGCACGGUGGGAGGCAGCGAGUGGGGAGGUCCAACAGAUCGAAGGGCAGGAGAUUGGCGCGGCGGAGAAGGCGGGCGGGGAGGCGCCGGAGGGCGAGGUUGUAGAUGGAGAAGGGGGAGAUGACGAGGAGAUGGAGGACUAG